AUGGAUCUAGAAAAGGAGACGAAGGAACAGAACCGGAAGGAUCGAAAGGAACGCGACGCGCAGUCUUAUCGCGGGAAGCCAGGAGGCAAGCUUAGAGGACGACCAAAUGAUUCUGAGGAGACACGAAUAUCAAAAACACUUUCGUGGAUAUUGCGCCACGGCUCGCAGUCAGAAGGACUGGCGAUGCGCCCAGACGGCUACGUCCAGGUAGAGCAUCUCUUGCGACUCCCAAAGAUGAAGUCUCUGGAUUUUGCAAUGCUUCAGACCAUGGUGGAGAAAGACGCAAAGAAGCGUUACAACCUUGUCUCUGAGAUCGACGUAAGCACAGAGACAGAAAGAUGGUGGAUUCGAGCGAACCAAGGGCACUCAAUGAAGUCGGUAAAGUUGGACCUGAAGUCCGUUAAUUCGCUCGCCGAUAUACCCACGGGGAUAGCUGUUCACGGCACUACUCGGCGUGCAUGGGAGAGUAUUAGUGAGCAAGGUCUCAGCAAGAUGUCACGAAAUCAUAUCCAUCUGGCGCAAGGCGUUCCGGGAGAUGGUGUCAUCAGUGGCAUGCGCAAGUCGUCUCAGAUUCUCAUUUACAUUGAUGUCCAGAAGGCACUUGAUGAUGGUGUCAAAUUCUAUCUUUCUGAUAACGCAGUUGUCCUCACCGAGGGAGAUGCCGCCGGGUAUUUGCGCCCUCAAUACUUCUCGCGCGUAGAGACCCCUGACCACAAGUCUAUACCUGGAUGGGAGGGGACACCAGAAACGCUAGAGAAAAUCCAGAAAGAGAGAAUUGCAGUAGACACAACAGAGGGUAUGACGACGGGGCUUGAGCAGAAAGCACAUGCUCUUGUAUUAUAA